GCGUGGUCGCGUCACUUCCUGGAGACUGGCUGAAUCCGGAAGUGAUCCCUGAGGACCCAGUCGCGGCCGAGGACCCCGGCGGCAGGGCCGAGUUCGGGACCAUGAGCUGGAUUCCUUUCAAGAUUGGGCAGCCCAAGAAACAGAUUGUCCCCAAAACAGUGGAGAGAGAUUUUGAAAGAGAGUAUGGAAAACUCCAGCAGCUGGAGGAGCAGACCAGGAGGCUGCAGAAGGACAUGAAGAAGAGCACCGAUGCUGACCUGGCCAUGUCCAAAUCUGCUGUGAAGAUAUCCUUGGACUUGCUCUCCAAUCCCCUCUGCGAGCAAGACCAGGACUUCUUGAACAUGGUGACAGCCCUAGACACGGCCAUGAAGCGGAUGGAUGCCUUCAACCAGGAAAAGGUGAACCAGAUUCAAAAGACCGUGAUUGAACCUUUAAAAAAGUUUGGCAGCGUCUUCCCGAGCCUCAACAUGGCAGUGAAGCGGCGGGAGCAGGCCUUGCAGGACUACAGGAGGUUGCAGGCCAAGGUGGAGAAGUACGAGGAGAAGGAGAAGACCGGACCAGUGCUGGCCAAACUGCACCAGGCCCGAGAAGAGCUUCGGCCUGUGCGGGAAGACUUUGAGGCCAAGAACAAGCAGCUCCUGGAUGAGAUGCCGCGCUUCUACAACAGCCGGCUCGACUACUUCCAGCCCAGCUUCGAGUCCCUGAUCCGAGCGCAGGUUGGGUACUACUCAGAAAUGCAGAAGAUCUUUGGAGACCUGACCCAGCAGCUUGACCAGCCUGGCCACCCUGACGAGCUGCGGGAGAGGGAGAAUGAGGCCAGGCUGAGUGAGCUCAGAGCCCUCUCUAUUGUGGCAGAUGACUGAGUCCUCGCUGCCCUUUGGAGACUCCGGGGACACAAGUCCGCCUCUCCGGUCUCUGGCCUUGUCAAGCUUAGGCUCAGGUAUGAGCCAGCAAAAGGCCCUCCCCUGAGAGAAGCACAGGGACAGCAGAGCCCCUGCUCUACCUCACCAGCCCUCUGAAGUGACCUGGCACCAGGAGCCCCACACAGGCUGCUAUCUCCCCACCCAUAGCAAGAGCCCAGACAGGUAAGCAGAGCAGAAAAACUCCAGGGGCCUUCUCCCCUCUAAGAGAACCGUCCAGAGGGCAUCCUGGCCCGGGGCCUGCGCGAGCUUCCAGCCUUCAAAAGCACCGGCUUUGCUCACCUGGCAUCAGCCUUGCUUGCAAGGUCGCGAUCACAUCUACCUCCAAAGACCCCUGGGGAGUCCACCUGCCCUCGUUGCCUUUCCGCUCCAGACUCCUCUAUUCUGAAGAGGCCUGAGACUGCCAUGGGGAACAGAAGAGCUGUGCUCCCCCAACCCAUAGACCCCCUCACUCCAGCCUCCCAGCACGACAAAAACUGGCUUAGCCCACUUCUGUCCCUUAGGUCAGGUGCACAGAAGAGUCCCAAGCCUCGUAGGUUCCCUAGGAAACCAGACUCAGCUCGUGUAAAUAGGCUACCAACCACACAAAAUGUCACAGCCUGAUUCACAGGCCUCAGAGCAACAACAGUGGGUUUGUCUCACCGGAAUACUUGGAAUUUUAUUUUUUCAAGUAAAGUUUUCAAUAAACUUGCCAGCUGUUA